ACCGAAACAGGACACAUUUAAUGGCAACGUCUUCGUCCGUCACGAGUGUCGGCGGCAUGCUGAUCGUCACGCAGGUCAUCCCGCAAGAUGUCGGAGACACAAAAUCCAUCCCGCUACACUCCGCAGCUGCGGCUCCGACCACCGAUGAGCAGACCACGUCACCUGCGCUUCCCGCCAAGAAGGACGGCGGCUUUGCUGAUUACCAGCGAGGGGAGAUCCCCGGCCUCGGGGUCGUCCAGCUGGUCAUCGGGUCGCUGUGCGUUCUCUUCAGCCUGACGGCCAUCUCGCGGUUCCUGCUUGUGCACGUGGCAUUUUGCCUCUGCGUCUGGUUUCUGGUGUCUGGUUGGCUGUCAUUGGCGGCUCACAGGAAGACCUCCAUCCGGCUGAUGUGGGCGUGUCUGUGGUCCAACGUCAUCAGCGUCCUGCUGAGCCUGGGAGGCAUUGCCUACCUGAGCUGGCUGCUAGCAACCAGUUGGUCCUCUGAGGACGUCUGCGGCGAGCAGUUGUUCGACGAUUCCUCAGCAUGGAAUCACUGUGUCUCAAAUCUGAGAUUAUUGAACUCCGUGCUUCAGGGCCUGCGCGGCCUCGUCCUGGUUCUGCUGUUCCUGGAGGCCGGCGUCUCUCUGCUGCUCUGCGUCUGCAUCACCAAAGCCAUCAGGACACGCUUCCACUACGCGCCCAUCAUGGUGGGGAGCGGAGGCAGCUGCUCUGGCGGCAAUGACGAGGCCUAGCUCGAUUCACCGUGACAAUCAACGCAACAUUGUGACAGCAUCAUUGAAGCAUGACCAUUUGAUUUACAACACAAUGAGAGGAGUAACAGAACAGCAUCAUAA